AUGGUGGGGAAUCUAAGCGUGAUCACUCUGAUCCUGCUCAGUUCCCAACUGUACACCCACAUUUACUUUCUCCUCAGCAAUCUGUCAUUCAUUCACCUCUGUCAUUCAACCAUCAUUACUCCCAAAAUACUGGUGAAUUUCCUGACCAACAAGAAUGUCAUCUUGUAUCCUGAAUGCAUGACUCAGCUCAUCUUCUCUCUGUUUGCUAUUGAAGAGUGUCACAUGCUGGCUGUAAUGGCAUAUGACUGUCAUGUUGCCAACUGCACCCCUUUGCGUUAUGUCAGAAUGUCUCAUCACCUCUGCUUGGGGCUCAUAGUGGUAGUUUAUACCUUGGGUUUCAUCAGGUCAUCCAUUCAUAGAAGUUUAAUGUUGAAAAUUCUUUUGUGCAAGACUAAAGUGAUUACCCAUUAUUUCUGUGAUCUCUUUCCACUCUUGGAGCUGUCCUCCUCCAAGGUCUACAUCAAUGAAUUCCUUGCUCUGUUCCUAAGCGCAUUAAGCAGCCUGACUCCUACAUUAACCAUCCUUACAUCCUACAUCUUCAUCGUUGCCAGCAUCCCCUACAUUAAAUCCACUGAGGGCAAGUUCAAAACCUUUAGCACCUUCAGCUCCCACACUUUGCUGUUUCCAUCUUAUUUGGUUCAGCUGCAUUCAUGUAUCCAACCAUCAUCAGUUAACUCCAUGAACCAAGAGAAACUAUCAUUUGUCUUGUAUACCACUGUUUUGUGCAUGUUGAACCCCAUGAUCUAA